UGAAUACAGUGUUAUUUAGGAUGUAUCCGGUGGUAGACUGCUGCUUCACACGUCUGUCACUGUUUAUCAGCGUGUUUAUUCAGUUUUAAAUUCAUUUAACAGAGAAAUAACUUUAAAAAUGAGUAAUAUUUAUAUUCAGGAGCCACCGACCAACGGAAAGGUUUUAAUAAAGACCUCAGCAGGUGAUAUAGAUGUAGAACUUUGGUCUAAAGAAGCUCCUAAAGCCUGCAGGAACUUUAUUCAGCUCUGUAUGGAAGGUUAUUACAAUGGAACCAUUUUCCACCGUGUGGUUCCAGAAUUCAUCAUUCAGGGCGGUGAUCCAACUGGUACUGGGACUGGGGGGGAGUCUGUCUAUGGCCGUCCCUUUAAGGAUGAGUUCCAUUCUAGGUUGCGCUUUAACAGGAGAGGUUUGGUAGCGAUGGCAAACGCUGGAGCUCAUGAUAACGGCAGUCAGUUCUUCUUCACUCUGGGUCGAGCUGAUGAGCUCAAUAACAAACACACGAUAUUUGGAAAGGUGACAGGGGACACGGUCUACAACAUGCUGCGUUUAGCCGAGGUGGAGUGUGAUGGUAACGAACGGCCGCUAAAGCCACACAAGAUCAGAUCUACAGAGGUCUUACAUUCUCCCUUUGAUGACAUCAUACUCCGUGAGAUACGAGUCAAGAAAGAGAAGCACAAAGAAGAAGAAAAGAAAUCUCAGUCCAAGGCAACAAAGAAUUUUAGCUUGCUGUCGUUUGGUGAGGAGGCGGAGGAGGAAGAGGAGAUGGUGACUCAGGUGAGCCAGACCCUGAAAGGAAAAAGUAAAAGCAGUCAUGACCUUCUGAAGGACGACCCCAAGCUGAGCUGUGUUCCUGUGGUGGACAGCAAAUCAGGUUCAGAUGUUUCAGAGGGAGCUGAUAAAGGGCAAGACGACGAGGAUGAGGAUGAGGAUGAAAAAAUGAGGCAGAAGGAAAUGAGAGCGCGCAUCUCUAACAAGCUGAAGAAAGAGAAGGUGGACGAGGAGAAGUCUGAGGUUCGAGAGGAGGUGGAAAAGAAGAGCAGUCGCAGUGAAGAACUCCGUAAGGAAGCUCGUCAGCUGAAGAGGGAACUCCUCGCAAUCAAGCAGCGAAAAGAUGAGAGGAUGAAGCCGGAGGAGGAGAAGAACAGCUCAGACCGGUGGGGUUCAGCAGAAGCUGGGACACAUCUGCACUGGGACACAUCUGCACUGGGACACAUCUGCACUGGGACACAUCUGCACUGGGACACAUCUGCACUGGGACACAUCUGCUUCAGCCCCACCUCAGCCCCAUCUCAGCCCCACCUCAGCCCCACCUCAGCCCCACCUCAGCCCCACCUCAGCCCCACCUCAGCCCCACCUCAGCCCCAUCUCAGCCCCACCUCAGCCCCACCUCAGCCCCACCUCAGCCCCACCUCAGCCCCAUCUCAGCCCCACCUCAGCCCCACCUCAGCCCCACCUCAGCCCCACCUCAGCCCCACCUCAGCCCCACCUCAGCCCCACACAUGGCUCCAGUUUGAAUCUUCUGAGUUUUAUUUUAUUUUACAGUUUAUUAUUUUUGGAUUAUUUUCACAUACUGUGAUGUGUCUUAAGGGGCGGGGCUUAUUUGAUUGCCAAUCAGAAAGUCUACAGGAAAUAUGAGUGUGUUAUGUUGAGGUAUGGAAUGUUUAGACUUUUUAUGUAAUAAUAAUAAUUAUAAGUUCAUCCAAGUGAACAUGAUCCAGUGCCAUGAGAGAGCAGCUGUGACAGCAGGAGGAGUUCAGAUCGCUCCCAUGCUGCUGUUUGGGCAUGUGGUAGCCUAGUGGUUAGGGUGUUGGGCCACCGAUCGGAAGGUUGUAAGUUUGAUCCCAGGUCCACCAAGCUGCCACUGUGGGGCCCUGAGCAAGGCCCUUAACCCUCAAUUGCUCAGCUGUAUAAAAAAAAGAGAGAGAGAGAAUGUAAGUCCGUCAGGAUAAAAGGGCGUCUGCUAAAUACUGUAAAUGUUUGGGUUGGACAUCAGACAUCAGACCCUGGGGGUGGAACAUUGUCUCACCACCAUGACACCAGGACUGUGCGAGCGUGCGUGCGUGCGAGCGUGCGUGCGUGCGAGUGUGUGUGCGUGCGAGUGUGUGUGCGUGCGAGUGUGUGUGUGUGCGAGUGUGUUCGUCACAUGCUGCUGCUUCUCUUGUCUUAAACUUUAAGCAUCUCAGUGUUUAAUUUUUUGUUUGUCAUCAAAGAAUAAAAGAACUUUCUGUAUUUCAGCUUUUA